AGGCGGGGCCUAUGGACUCUGGGUGGGUGGGAUUUAACCCUUGGGGAUUAAGCUCCACCCACUCAAAACUGGGAUAUUGGGGACGUCCACAUGUGGGGCCGUGAUGAAGAACCAAAGGAGGCCAGGGGUGGAGGGCAAGCAGGGGAAGAGACCCCGCCUCAUCCAGGGUGGCCCCAGUUGCCGUUCUGUGCACUUGUCUCAUUUUCCUUCCUUUUGGGGUGCCGUUUCUUUUUCAGGAUCUUUGGGGACGUGCCACCUGCCCCCUUCUUCCCCGUCGCCCUAGAUGGGGCGUCUCCUUCUAGCACUUUCUGCUUGGCGCUCUGGACAGCCUGGCUUCUCUGAAUUUCCCCUGCCUCUCUUGCCGACCUGCCUUCCCGGGACACCCGUUUCGAAGGAGACGCCGGGCUUCUGAACGCAGGACUCCUACAGCCGGGCUGGCUUGAGGAAAGUGCCUUGGCCUCUCCCUGCCCCAUGGCAGAGAAGAGUGCCGGCCGGACGUUGGUCUCUUCCAUCCACAGUGAUGACCUCUUGAGUGACAUGGAGCUGUUGCCGGCCUCAGCGCCCCCCACCCCAAUGCAGAAAGCCCCUCGCCAGUACAACAGCCCCCAGUCGGCCACCCCCUAUACCUCCAAGGUGACGACCCAGCUCUAUGCAUCCCUGCAGCAGAGCCGGCAGGCUGAGGCUCAGGCCCGCUCCCACCUGGAGGGCCAGCAUGGAUCGGGCCUCGCCAGGGAAGCAGAGGUCGACCUGGAUACUCUGGCGGAGGAGAUGAGCCACAGGCUUUCAACCAGUGUGGAGACCAGCGCCUACCGGAAGGCUGGUGCUGCCGAGUCUCACCACAUUGUGGAGAUGGAGAGUGUGCGCUGCCACCUCCAGAGCAUGCUCCGUGGGUCCAGGGAAGCAGCUCAUGGGGAUGCUGCGGCACUGGGGACCUUUGAGCGGAAAGAUGACGAUUCCUUCGAGAGCGACAGCACGGGCGCCCUGCUCAAUGCCCGGCCCCUGCAGGAGGUCUCUCCGCCUGGCUCUGUGGCGGGCUUUGAGGAGCUGUUCCCUCGCUACACCAGCCUGCGCCUGGGCCAGUUCCGUGAGCAUUCGACGUACGCCGACACCCACCUGCUGAAGGACUGCUUGGACAAGGAGCAGGCCCGGCGGAAGCACUGCGAACGGCACAUCCAGACCUUGCAGAACCGCAUCCUGGAGCUGCAGCAGCAGCUGGCCGUGGCUGUUUCGGCGGACAGGAAGAAAGACAGCAUGAUCGAGCAGCUGGAUAAGACCCUGGCCAAGGUGGUGGACGGCUGGAACCGGCACGAGGCCGAGCGGACGUCCGCCCUGCGGAGGCUGCAGACGGAGAAGGAGGCCGCAGAGCAGGCGCUGGGGAGAGAGAAGGAGAAAGGGGCCGAGACGGAAGGGCGCCUUGAACAGGCCUUGUCUGCCCUCAGCCGGGAGCAGCAAACAGCCAGCCUGUGUCGCAGGGAGAAGGAGGCACUGGAGGAGGAGAAGGCGUCCCUGUCGUGCAGCGUGGAGGCCGAGCGCCAGCGCGUGCGCAGCCUGGAGGUGGAGUGGGACCUGGAACGGCGCCAGCAGGAGACGCUGCGGGCCACGCUGGAGGAGCAGCAGAAGGCCUGGGCCCAGCGGGAGAGGCAGCUCGAGCAGCAGCGCCAGACUCUGCAGGAGGACAGCCGUGCCCAGCUUGACAAGGAGAGGGCGGCGGCCCACCGGGAGGCCCAGAAGGCGGCUGAUACCCAGCGUGUCCUGGCCUCGGUGCAGUCGGAGGUGCAGGGGAUGGAGGCCGAGCUGGAGGCCGUGCGCCGAGAGCGGGACAACCUGAAGAUGGAGAUCAGCUUGGUCAAGGCCCGUCAUGAGGCGCAGAAGGUGAAGCUGGAAUCGGAACUGAAGGUGGCCUUAGAGCAGCGGGUGACGGAGCGCCUGGCAGAGGUUCACGAGGAGAGCCUGCGCCAGCUGAGCGCCAUGCGGGAGCAGCACAGGAAGCAGUUGCUGGAUCUAAGCAGCCACCAUGAGAAAGAGCUGGCCAGCCAGUUAGCCCAAUUCAAGUCUGACCUGGCCGAGAAGGAAGAGCGGCAGAGGCACCUCACGGAGGAUUAUGAGCGCAGGAUUUCCAGGCAGCAGGGGGAGAUACGGGAGCUGCAGUCCAAGCACCGGCGUCUGGAAGUGCAGCGGGCAGAGAUGGUCAGCCAGUUCCAGACCCUGAUGCAGGCACACUGGAACGAGGCCCUUCGCCUCUUUGCCGGCAGCACGGCCUCCCCGCAGCCCUGCGCCAAGGGCCCCCGGCCGGACCCUCCCUCUGACCCGGACCUUGCCCCCGACCUGGACUGUUUGCAGCCCUCGGAAUCUCUGAAGAAAAUGCCAAAGGUGGAAUCUCUUGGGAGCUGCCAGUGGAGCGGGGACUGUGAGGGGCCGGGGUGGGCUCGGGCUGUCCCACUUCAGCCUGCUGCUCAGCGCAGCUCUCUGCAGAGGCCCUCGGAAGCCCCCGAAAAAGCGGUGCAGGGCACUAACCAGCUCUUUCUACCCCUGACCCCCGAUGUGGGCCGCCUCUCCUCGGAAUUCAGCCACAUUCUCAGCUGCAGCCUCCUCAGCCAGCCGGGCUUUCAGCCUCUGGAACCCCAGGAAGACCACCCCCGGAUUGAUUCAGGUCUGACUUUCCACCCUGAGAACCUGGCGGAGCACCCGUUCACGGAUGAGAUAGAUGAGACCGUCACAGAGGCGGUGGGCAGUGAGGCCGAGACCCCCCAGCACAGCAGCUUGGAUAGCGGGGGCCAGGCUCCCCAGCCGGACUUCAGUUACUACCUGCGCCUGCUGUUGGACCACGCUUCAAACGAAAGCUGUGCUCAGAAACAGGAAGGGUCCUCUGCCAACGGCCUCCCACCCUUCACAAACCAGACUCAGUUCGGCACAUCCCACUCCUACCACGAACGGUCCACGGCCCUCUGGGACACAGCGCAGCUGUCCACCAACACCAUCCGCAUCCAGCCACCCAGCAAUGCUGCUGUCCACAAGACCAAAGUGUCCUUGUCCAAAGCUGGGUCCUCCUACCCAGAAGCAACCAGCCCCCUGCAACAGGACUUGGUACACCAGAGUGGAAUCUUGUCCCCGAGGCAAGUGGCUGAAGUUUCACGCUUAUUGAAGCACUACCAGGCCAAGGGGAAGCCAGUCCCUUCAACAGAGGAGCUGUACAAGUAUUUGCGUGGGAUAGACCAGAACGGGCCAGAAAUGAAAAGUGAUGGGAAUCUACAGGCACGCCGGAACCUGGAUCCCAGGCUUACAGAAGGUGUGAGGAAAGAGGUGGGUCCAGCCCGCCGUUUGGGGCCUGGCCGUGAGAAGUCCCAUCCCUCUGCCAAAGCUGGGAGGAAGCUCUCUGGAGUUCCAGCCUCCAACUCUCGCCACAGCAGAGGAGGAGGAGGGGUGUGGAGAUGACAUCCUUGCAGCUGGACUAUUCCUCCUCCCCACAGUCCUGCCUGGCUGUGGACAUGGUUGAUGAAAGCACUCCUUACUCCUCUACUGUUUGCUCCAAUGGAGUCUAAAAACUUCCUUCUUUAGUAUAGGGAGGAUGUCAAAGUGUGUCGUGGGGAUCGAGUUUUAAGCUCGAUUUAAAUCCUGCGGGCUGAGGACUUGGGGCAGCAGGAGUUCCACUGACUUUGUGUUUGAUUCCUAACAAAAGGAGAUAAUGCAGAACCUCUGUGGUAUCCAGUUCGCUAAGAACCUCUUGGUGUGUGUGUGUGUGUGUGUGUGUGUAUCUCUCUCUCUUUCUCUCCCUCCCCUGCCUCCCUUCCAGUCAACAGUAUCCAUUCCAUUCCUGAAAGAGCAUCCUGGGAGGGGAUGCAAGGUAGCCUUAUUCUGCUUGCCUGUUUGGCAGUUCAGUUUCAAGUGUGCAGGGAAGUGGGGUUGUGAGAAGUCUUGCUGAUCCUUGGUCCUCCCUGUCCUCCUGUUCCAGAGUGCUUUUGUUCUGGGUGUGUGAUGUUACAACACACUUGGGCCUGUUGCAUAGAAUUGUUCUUUUCUGCACAGUUAACUUAUUUUUGUAUUAUCAUUUUCUAAAUAAAUGAAUUUUGUUUUUCAAGGA